AAACAAGAGAACAGAGAAAUGUCUCAAUCUACAAGUAAAGGAUUAAUAUUUGGCAUCGUGAUGGGGACUGCUGGAAUAAGCUUGAUCAUUGUGUGGUAUCAAAAAAUUCGUAAACCUGGCACAACAAUGAAUUUGCCUAAAUUUCUGUCAUUAAGCAAUGAAUUUCAUUCAAUUGAUUUGCAAGAUGCAGUUCACAGUGAAAGAGGACCAGUAGUGGUGUUACAGCAAAGUCAAUUUCAGAUACUGGAGAAAUUAAAUGAUUUACUGAUGAGUGUGGAAGAACUCAAAGAGGAAGUCAAAUUUCUCAAAGAAGCCAUUCCAGAGUUGGAGAAACAUGUUCGAGUUGAACUCCGAGGGAAGAUAGCUACCCGCAGGACAAGUCCUCAGCAUCAAGUAGCUAGAAAGAAAAAAGCCGAGGCAGGCAGGGGCAUCUCAACUAGCAAUAGUUCCGAAGAGGCAGAAAGUGAAGGAGGGUAUGUUACAGCUCAGAGUGACACUGAAAAGGGGCAUUUAGCUGGCCAUAAGGCAAAUAAAAAAUCAGCAAAAAGACUGAGCUUACCUGUUCUUACUCAGAUGAUUGAUGACUUACAUUUAAAAAGUGAUUCUGAUAAACAGAAAAGUUUUGAACUCCUGUGCCACUAUAAAAAUAAGUAUAAAGGUGAAACUGAGUUUAUCUGGAGAUUAACUAGAGCUUAUGCAGAUAUGUGUGAUCUAUCCACAGAUAUGGAAGAAAAGAAAAAAUAUGCUUCUGAGGGAAGGGAUCUGGGUGAAAGAGCAAUUUCUCAGGCUCCCAAGAAUGGGUAUUGUCACCUAUGGUAUGCUAAUUUGUGUGGCUAUGUAGCUGAGUGUGGGGGAUUACAAAAUAAAAUUAAAUAUGGCCAUCUUUUUAAGAAACAUCUAGAUAGAGCAUUAGAACUUAUACCUGAUGAACCCCUUUCGUAUUACCUCAAUGGAAGAUACUGCUAUUCUGUUUGCAAAUUGAAUUGGAUGGAGAAGAAAAUGGCCUCGGCUCUCUUUGGGGUGGUACCAACUUCGACUCUAGAAGAAGCUUUGAGAAAUUUCCUGAAGGCUGAAGAGUUAAAACCUGGAUAUUCCAAGUACAAUUAUGUAUAUUUGGCAAAGUGCUACAAAGAUCUUGGACAAAAAGAAAAUGCUUUGAUGUAUUGUGAUUCUGCUUUGCUAGUUUGCUCUGUUAACAAAAAGGAUCAUCAGGCACAGGAGGAGUUGGAAAAUUUAAUCCUCUCUUUAAAGUAGAUUUAAAAAUAGGAGAUUUUACUUCAGCAAACCAGAUGCAAGAACUUUAAAAUAUAAGUGAUGAAAAUUCAAGUGGCCAACUAUGCAAUCUUUAAUAUCACAUUAUGUAUUUCUGUUUUGAUUUGGGGGAGUGUGGUUUAGAUUCAGAGGGUGAUCUUUUCACCCUGGUGGUGAAGAAAUAUGUUUUCUAAAUGCAUUCCAUGACUGGCAGAGUCACAAAGCUAAUCAUGUUACUGGAAGACUCCAUGAGUUUUGUAAUAUUAAUACCAAAUUAUUUCUAACAAUGUUAUCUUUGUAUAUUUGAUGUUCUAUUUCCUAUUGACUAAUCGGUACUGAUAUAUUCUUCAGAGUCUUUCUCCAAAAGAAAAAAAAAAGAAAAAUAAAAUCAAACCAAUAAAAAGAAAU